AUGGAUACUGAUUCAAGCUCGUUUGCCAGUAUCCUAGCAAAUGUCGCCAAGAUGCGGCAGAAGGAGGGCGAUGAGAAUUUGGAGCAAGAUAAGGCUGAUUCUGCUGUUUUGCCAAAGCCUGAAAGGUCUAAAUCCACCUUUGAUAGAGUGAUAGAUGCGCCUUCUCUCCGCCCUGCUCAGAACGAGGCUUCAGUCAGAGUCCGUCCUACAAGAGACUCGUCGCCACAAAUUAUCAUCCGUGGGUCCAAUCAAGAGGAUAAGCGCGUGGAUUCAGCCAAAUACACUACGCUUAAGAAGCAGACAUUUGGUGCCAUUCAAAUCAAUCAAAAUCAAACGGGAAAUCCUUUACUCCAAUCACUGAAACAGGUAGCGUACGAGUUUAAUGCCAAGGUGAAGGAUGUGGACUAUCUGAUUAAUUCUCAUUGUGUUGUUGUCUUCUUAUCGCUUCGUUAUCACAAACUCCAUCCGGAAUACAUUUACAACAAGAUCAAAAAGAUCACAUAUAACGGGAGCAACAGACGGCUUAACCGCAUUUUAUUGGUCCUUGUUGACGUUGACAACUCAAACGAUAGCAUUCGUGAGCUGAAUAAGCUAUGUCUGUUCAAUGAGCUCAAUCUAGUGCUUGCGUGGUCAUUUCAACAAUGUGCAGAUUAUUUGACCUUCUUAAAACAAUGCGAGUUAAAUGUCGGUAACCAGCUGAUUAAAGGAGCCGCAAAAACGGACAGCAUUGCUAACGAUGCUGAUUACUACCAGCGGAUUGUGGAUAUGAUGACUAGCAUACGAUCUAUCAACAAAACAGAUUCUAUCAAACUAAUUUCGCGUUUCAAAAGUUUCAAGAACCUGUGCGAGGAGGCGAACGAGUAUAAUCUGGAAGAGAUUUCAGGUAUGGGCCACAACAAGAUUGAGCGAUUACUUAAGGUCAUCAAUGAUCCGUUUAUCUAUAAAUGA